CGGAAGUGCAGCGUGCGUGGUUGAUGUGCGCGUGCCGUGGAAGCGAAUUACCUGCGAAAGGAGAACCUCGUCUCUGCGUGAGAGGAAAUAGAAUAACAGCCAUGAUAGAAGACAAAGGACCAAGAGUGACAGACUACUUCGUUGUGGCCGGUCUCACUGACACAUCUACUCUUCUGGAUCAAGAAAUAAAUCGUUUGGAUACCACGUCAGCUGGACCUAAAGCUCCGAUCACAGACAUUGCCGUUAUUAUCAAAUCCGCUGGGGAGGAGGUACCUGAAGGUUACACAUGUGUUGAGGCCACUCCAUCAGCUCUCCAGGCCAACUUGAACUAUGGAAGUCUCAAAAGCCCAGAACUUUUCCUGUGUUACAAGAGAGGAAGAGAUAAACCACCUCUAAUAGAUAUUGGUGUUUUAUAUGAAGGGAAAGAGAGGCUUAUUCCAGGAUGUGAAGUGAUCCUCGCUACACCCUACGGCCGCUGUGCCAACGUCAACAAUAGUUCCACCACUUCGCAGAGAAUCUUCAUCACCUACCGGAGGGCUCCUCCGGUCCGACCUCAGAACGCCUUGGCCGUAACUGAUAUCUGUGUCAUUGUGACCAGCAAAGGAGAAAGCCCUCCUCACACCUUCUGCAAAGUGGACAAAAACUUGAAUUGUGGGAUGUGGGGCUCCAGUGUGUUUUUGUGUUACAAGAAGUCUGUGCCUGCUUCCAAUGCAAUAGCAUAUAAAGCUGGCCUGAUUUUCAGGUACCCGGAAGACGACUACGAGUCCUUCCCGCUCUCAGAGUCUGUGCCGCUCUUCUGCCUUCCGAUGGGAGCCACGAUUGAGUGCUGGGACCCUCAGACCAAGUAUCCACUUCCAGUUUUUUCAACUUUUGUCCUGACAGGUUCUUCGGCUGAAAAGGUAUAUGGAGCUGCCAUCCAGUUUUACGAGCCUUACUCUCGGGAACUUCUGACCGAGAAGCAGCUAAUGCAGCUGGGCCUCUUGACACCUGUGGAGAGAAAAGUGAUCUCAAAGUCCAUCAAUUCAAACAAAUGCAUCUGUUUGCUCUCACACUGGCCUUUCUUUGAAGCUUUUAGAAAAUUUCUCAUGUUUAUCUACAAACUUUCUGUGUCUGGACCACACCCUCUUCCCAUUGAGAAGCACAUUUCGUAUUUUAUGCAAAACAUCCCGUUUCCUUCACCGCAGAGACCAAGGAUUCUUGUCCAGCUGUCAGUCCAUGAUGCACUAAUAUUAUCGCAGCCAGUUUCUACGCCUUUACCGCUAAGUGGAGCCAACUUUAGCACCUUACUGAUGAAUCUGGGUCCUGAGAAUUGUGCAACUUUGCUGCUUUUAGUUUUACUUGAGAAUAAAAUUCUGCUGCAUUCUCUUAGGCCAGCUGUGUUGACUGGGGUAGCUGAAGCUGUUGUGGCUAUGGUCUUCCCGCUGCAGUGGGGGUGCCCCUACAUCCCGCUGUGCCCGCUGUCUCUGGCCGCGGUGCUCAGCGCGCCGCUGCCCUUCAUAGUCGGUGUCGACUCGCGGUACUUUGAUCUUCACGACCCGCCGCAGGACGUCGUUUGCGUUGACUUGGAUACGAACGUGUUAUAUGUAUCAGAGGAAAAGAAACCUAUGAACUGGAAGCAGCUUCCCAAGAAGCCAUGCAAAAAUCUCCUUAGCACCUUAAGGAAAUUAUAUCCCCAGCUAUCUUCAGUUCACCAAAAAACUCAAGAAGGCUCUGCAGUGGAGAUGACUCCUAUCGAAGCAGAUUUCUCCUGGCAAAAGAAGAUGACGCAGCUUGAGAUGGAAAUCCAGGAGGCGUUUCUGCGGUUCAUGGCGUCUGUUCUAAAAGGGUAUAGAGCUUACCUCAGGCCGAUCACAGAGGCCCCUUCAAAGAAAGCCACGGCUGUAGAUUCUUUGUUUGAUCGACAAGGAUUUUUAAAAAGUAGAGAUCGUGCUUAUACAAAAUUCUAUACACAUUUAUCCAAAACACAGAUUUUUAUUCGUUUUAUUGAAGAAUGCAGUUUUGUGAGUGAUAAAGAUACUGGAUUGGCAUUUUUUGAUGACUGCAUAGAGAAGUUGUUUCCUGAUAAAGGCACAGAGAAAACAGAUAAGGUUGAGCUGGAAUCGCCAGAAGACGCCAGGCUGAUAGAGCUGGACGAGUCGCAGAAGAGCGAGCACACUGUGUACAUAAUGCCCCCCGAGCCGCCCCCUGCCGACGGGCAGGGCCCGGCCCCCGCCUACAGUUACAAAUACUUUCCAAGACUGGAUCUUAAACUUUUUGACAGACCACAGGAGGUGAAACUUUGUUUUAGCAGACACUCUACUGGGAAUAGCAUUGCAAACAGUCCAGCUCUCAUGGCCAAAAGAACUAAACAGGAGAUAAAAACAGCUCAUAAAUUGGCAAAGCGGUGUUACACGAAUCCACCACAAUGGGCGAAGUGUCUGUUCAGCCACUGUUACAGUUUAUGGUUUAUUUGCCUCCCGGCCUAUGUGAGAGUUUCUCACCCGAAGGUCAGAGCACUUCAGCAGGCGUAUGAUAUACUGAUUAAGAUGAGGAAAGCAGAUGUGGAUCCGCUGGACGAGGUUUGCUAUCGAGUAGUAAUGCAACUUUGUGGACUUUGGGGUCAUCCUGUUUUAGCAGUGAGAGUCUUAUUUGAAAUGAAAACAGCUAACAUAAAGCCAAAUGCUAUUACUUACGGUUACUAUAAUAAGGUAGUUUUGGAAAGCCCGUGGCCUACGAGCACUCGUAGUGGUAUUUUCUUGUGGACGAAGGUACGGAAUGUGGUACGUGGCUUGGCUCAAUUUAGGCAGCCACUUAAAAAGACCAUUCAAAAGUCACAGGUCUCCUCAAUAUCAGCCCCUCAGCAGGCUGCAGGUGGAAGUGAUGGGGACACGGUGAGCCACGGCAGCAUGGAUAGUUGUAACGAGGCCAGCAGUGGGGAGCACGCGGUCUUCGUCAGAGACUUGAUCAGGCUUGAUUCCAUUGGUAAUCACUCUAGCACAGGUGGCCAGUCUGACCAAGGAUAUGGGUCUAAGGAUGAGCUUAUAAAGGAUGGAAUUCAUGUACCCAAAGAAGAAGUAGCACAAGAAUUGAUAACUAAAACAAAAGUGGGAAAAGAAGAGGUGCGUGAGGUCUGUGCUCCUAAAACGAAGCGUUCACAGCCUCGUCCGGAGCCCCAGAGCCCUUCUGAGCCCCCUUCCUGGGGCAGCAGCAUCGUGAAAGUCCCGUCCAGCACGUUUGAUGGCAGCAGCAGGAAAAGCAGCACAGGGAGUACGCCAGACAUGCUGUUUCCUACUCAAAACCCACUUGGAGAUACAGCCUCUGCUGACGCCGCUAGUCUUAAGCAGAGUGGUGACAGAGGAGAGAAAAGGCAGAAGCGACUCUCGGAGAGAAGCUGCAGCUUUAGUUCCGAGAGCCGAGCGGGGAUGUUGCUGAAGAGGAGCGGCUUGGAUCUGAACUCGGGAGAGGCGGCGGUCAUGAUGGGCGCAGACGCCAGGAUCCUCGCGGCUGCCCUGACCUGCCCCAGGGCCCCCCCGCUUCACACGGCGAGAACCCGCAGCUUUGAGGGUGCGAGCUGCCCGCGGACGGACCCCGGGACCCGCGGGGAUUCUGAGCCCGGGGCACCUCCUGUGCUGGAGAUGCUGGAGGAAGGCCAAGAGCUCCCUGAGCCUGUGGCUGGUGACAGUGUGGCGCAGACUGCUCUGACGGCGGCGGCGCGGGACGGUCUACAGAGUGACAGCGACAGCAGUCAGUCCAGAGACUCGAAAACAGGAGCUGCAGAGCUCGUGCCGAAGAGGAACAGCUUGUAUGGCGCUGCUAAGGCUGCUGAGAGGGAAGAUGUUGAAACUGGACUGGAUCCUUUGUCUCUCUUAGCCACAGAGUGUGUGAAAGAGACGACUCCUGAUUCUGAGGAUAAGGUGUUCUCUCCAGUUGUUACUCGGAACUUGGCUGAUGAAAUUGAGAGCUACAUGAACCUGAAAAGUCCACUGGGCAGUAAAUCUUCUAGUAUGGAGCUGCACGGAGAGGGAAACAGCGACCCUGGCAGUAGCACGGCAUGCAUUCACCCUUUAGAGAGGAGAUCAAGCCUACCCUUGGAUCGUGGUCCAGCAGCGCGAGGAAGUCCUGAGAGUGGAAGCGGCUCUGCGGUGUCCAGGUCGAAGACGUGCACCGCACGAGUCAAGCACCAGACUCCGCGUCGAACCCACAGAGAUCGUUCAGCUCCCUUGUCAGCACUGAUGCGUUCCUCCCACGGCUCCCUGGGCUCUGUGGUCAAUUCCUUGUCAGGGCUGAAGCUGGAUAACAUCCUCUCAGGGCCCAAGAUCGACGUCCUAAAGUCCAGUAUGAAGCAGGCAGCCACAGUCGCUAGUAAAGUGUGGGUGGCUGUCGCAUCUGCCUACAACUACUCAGACGACGAGGAAGAAGAGUGUAAAGAUUACAGCUUCCCUGCUGGCCUAGAAGACCAUAUUCUGGGCGAGAAUGUGUCUCCUAACGCAAGUAUCUCAGGGUUGGUCUCCAGUGAGCUUUCCCAGAGCAGCACAAGCCUUGGCAGUAGCAGCAGCAGUGGAGACGCUGGAAAAGUGCAGUGUCCGACAGAUGAAGUUCCGUUGCCAGGCGGCACAAAGGGACAGGACUCGGAGAAAUCAGACCGUGGCUCGUCUCAGAACACCAGCAUGUCCAGCAUCUGUCAGAACUGUGCAAUGGAGGUUUUGAUGUCAAGUUGUUCACUAUGUAGAGCUUGUGGAGCCCUAGUUUAUGAUGAAGAAAUUAUGGCUGGAUGGACAGCAGAUGAUUCAAAUUUGAACACAACUUGUCCGUUUUGUAAAAGCAACUUCUUGCCUCUUCUCAAUGUAGAAUUUAAAGAUUUGAGAGGCUCUGCAAGCUUUUUCUUGAAACCAAGUUCCUCUGGUGACAGUUUGCAAAGUGCCAGCAUCCCCCUGGCAGAUGAGCCCUCGGAGCACACACCUGUGUGUGAGUCCGCAGACUCUGCCUCGAUCGACCUCAUGGAAUUCCCAAAGCACAGUGAGACCAUAACUGAAGAGACCGGCUGUGCGGCUGGAUCAAGUGAUCCAAUAAAGAAAGCCAGCGGAGAUGUCCAGACUGUGAAAACGUCAUCAGUGCCCAGCGGUGCAUCAAAGCGAAGUGUGUCUUUGACUCGAAGUCACAGUGUGGGAGGGCCUUUGCAAAAUACUGACUUCUCCCAGCGACCGUUUCAUGGCAUUUCUACAGUUAGUCUUCCCAACAGUCUGCAGGAAGUUACGGACCCGGUAGGAAAGAGGCCCAGCCCUGCUCCUGUCUCUGUGCCGUAUCUGAGUCCGCUCGUGCUUCGGAAGGAGCUGGAGUCGCUGUUGGAAAACGAAGGCGACCAGGUGGUUCAUUCGCCCUCCUUCAUCAACCAGCACCCCAUCAUCUUCUGGAACCUGGUGUGGUACUUCCGGCGCUUGGACCUCCCCAGCAACCUGCCGGGGCUCAUCCUCGCCUCUGAGCACUGCAACGGGGGUGUGCAGCUUCCUCUGUCAUCUCUGUCGCAGGAUAGCAAACUUGUGUAUGUCCAGCUGUUGUGGGAUAACAUCAACCUUCAUCAGGAGCCGGGAGAGCCGCUGUAUGUCUCCUGGAGGAGUUUCAGUUCUGAGAAGAAAGGGUGUCUUCUGUCUGAGGAGCAGCAGGCAACCAGCGCCUUAGUGGAAGCCGUCAGGCAGAGCAUUCAGCACAAUGAUGUCCUUAAGCCCAUCACUCUGCUUUCCCAGCAGAUGAGGCCCGACGUGCAGAGACAGAGGAGUUUAUACAGAGAAAUCCUCUUCUUAUCACUCGUGUCUCUUGGAAGAGAAAAUAUUGACAUUGAGGCUUUUGACAAUGAAUAUGGACUUGCGUACAAUAGUCUGUCUUCACAGAUUCUUGAGAAGUUACAGAAAAUUGAUGCCCCCCCGAGUACCAGUGUGGAGUGGUGCCGGAAGUGUUUCGGAGCCCCUCUCAUCUGAGUUCUGUGGGCAGCGCCGGGGCAGCUGGUCUGGAGACACUCAGGGUUUUCAGUCCUAAGAAAGGUGGAGACAGCGGAAGCUGCGCUCGUGGACGGCGCAGUGAGGGGACCCAUGCCGAGCCGGCUCGGUAGAAAGUACCCGGAGGUGCCCCACGGCUUGCUGGCGUUGAGGAGUCUCAGCUCCUGAGCUGUUGCUCUGCCUCUGUGGAGACCGGCUUUUGGGUCUCUCAGUAUUGGUGGUGGGCCGGUAGGAAUGAUGAGACCGUGUUGAUGUCAGCAUUGUUUGUUUUUGCGCACACCCAGACAGACGGGGCGUGAGACUGUGGAGCUGUGGGGGCGUCGUAGGUCCGCGUUUUCAGUGUGUAUUUAUUAACGUUCUUAGACUGCGUGGUGCCGUAGUUCUGUGUUAGGACUCUCACUACUUACCAGUGACUACUGCUAAACCAUCGGUAGUCAUUAAUCUCACAGUUACCCGAAUGUCAUGACAACUGCCUUCCCUCUGACUUUAAAUUUAAUAUAUGUCUCACCUUUUAUAUUAUAUAUUAUUUUGCAUUAUGAGUUAAUCUUGAAUAUCUAGGUACUUCCAUCCUUUUCAAAUACCGUGUUAAUUUGCAGUGAGUUUAAAAUUGGAAUGAGUCAAAUAGUUAAAAUGAAAUAAACUUCAUAAUUUACACUUA